AUGCGCUACGGAAACUGGGAUGUGCUUCUUUUCCCGGAGCUCUCCAGGGUGCCAAUCCAGGAGUUCAAGACCCAAUGCUUUGUGACCAAGGAUAAGGACUCGCCAAACCUGCACAGUGCCGCAUACCAUAGCCCUCACACAUAUUAUCCUGACCCGGCCCGUUGCAACCAACUCCCUGUUCUCACGACCUUCAUCCCGAGUCUGCCUCAAGACAGUCGGUUCCGGGUGUCAGUGCACAGCUGGGAGAAGCCACGUCCUAGUCUCUCGAUCGAAUCUCACAUGGAGCCAGAGGAUGUUUUGCUCUUUGAAGCUCGCAUCUAUGUGGAUGGUGCUUUCGUUGCUGGCACUAUCUUCGGGCAGAGAACUGAUUGGCCGCAUGUUAUUGAACUCAGUGCCCAUAUUCUGGAGUUUUCCAACAUCGCCUGGCCCAACCCUAAGAUGUGGCUGCCAUCGGGCAAUGGACCUCGGUAUUUUCCAGGAAAUGGGUACGGUAACACCAAGAGACCCGAUGACCCCCACGGACAUUCUCCGAGCAAGCCCAACAGUACUACUGUCAACUCCAGCAGCCAGUCCAGCAGUAGCAAUGCCGCAACUUACAACAGCAGCCACCACCAACCUGGCAAUCCAUCAAGCGUUGCGUGGACUCCUCACCGAGGUUUUCCCAUCCCCUCUACGCAAUGGACUGAUUACCCACGGGGACCUCGCUGGGAAGGACAGGAUACAUACAUUGUUGAGCCCGCUUUGGAAGCUUUUAUCGACGACACUGCUUGGCGUCAACGCGGUGCCCGAUCUUCUCGGGAAGAUGUCCCAAUGCCAGACUACGCCUCUAGCUCUACCAGCAGCCGUGCCAUCUCGAGCAUGACUGGCAUCAGCUACGAGCACAGCAAACAGCCCAGCAUAAUCGCCGCCAUGGAUGAUGAGCAGUACAGCGAGUUGAUCCAGUCUCUCACCCCUACAAAGUUGCCAACCGUGGGCACCCGUGCACCCUCCAACACUCCCUCCGCCAUAGUGGCCGCCGGAAAGCCGUCUGCUGCCGCCAAAGCACGCUCUGAAGGCUACGGUCGACUUACUCGUCGCACCUCUGCCCUCUGUGAAAUCUCGCAGCCCAGCACCCGUGACGUCUCAGACUCAAGCAUGCAGCCUGUUCACGAGAAGGAUGUUGUUGACUUGCCAAUCUCCAAGGUUGGGGCUAGUCCUAGUGAGAAGAUCAAAAGCAAGAAGGAAGUCGUCCAGGAGGUUGUGAAGGAGGUGAAGGAUGUCGACAAUGUCACCAACCAGGAGACACCCAAGGCAAAGGAUAUCAUGAGGAAAGUCAAGCUCGCAAUCGACACUGAAGACGCUCAUUUGGCUGAUCAGGAGAAUGAGGAGCUGGUGACUUAG